CACCCCCGUCUCCUCUCACCUCAUUUCAUCGACUUAUCACCUCAUCUGGUUGCUCGACACUGUCUGUCGUCAGAUUGGGUUUCAACAACCUGGAAGGCUGCACUCGGGGUCAACCCGCUGCCUGGCUCUGUGAGCGGUGAAGCCGCUCGGCUAGCUGAGCUGCUCACUAGCUAAUUAGUCACCGGAGCUCCGUGGAGACUGUCACCACGGUGGUGUCAGCAACGUUAUCCGCCGACACGCAGCCAUGCUAGCCGCUGACACGCACAACAUGUAGUUGUAGUCGGGGCGUCAUGAGCUGCAGCGCCCGUACACGAGCAGCAAGCGGCGGUGCUAACCAGCAGCGGCUAGCUCGCUAACGCUUAGCAUUUUUUUUUUUUUUUUUUAGCGCAAGCGUCCACAUGUUCGCUCCGUCCCCCGGUGUGCACCCGUUAGUCUGCCGCGGUUCGGGAGCAGGAAUAACCGACGGUCAGAGUCUCCAUCAGCCCUUUAACAUGAGACCCGCAGGACAGUGAGCUAGCUAGCAGGCUGCUGCUAGCGGCUAACUUAGCCGGUGAUGCUAGCAGCAGCGUCCGUCCACGCCGCCCGCAGCUGAAGUCACGUCCGUCCCAUGGAGCUGAAGUGUUGCCCGGCUUCCCAAAGAUGACGGGCCGCCUGAGCCCGGUUUUUGUGCCUCUGUAUGCAGGAGGCGGAACAUGGAAGCCGAGGAAGAGUGGGACAAAGAUCUGAGUGCGCACAAGCUGCUGGAUAAGAAAGUGCUCCGCAAACAGAAUGGAGGGAUCGGUAUAGCCAGGACUCUUCACGGUCUGUUUAAAACCCAAAACACGCUGCAGAUUCAGUCCAUCACCUGCUCAGAAUGUGCUAGCUCCUGUCCAAAUCUGAUGAUGAGUAGGACCGAGCACACCGAUGCGAGGCCCAUCCCCGUGGCCCUUACCCCCCAGCUCCCCCCCAGAGCUCACCGGCCCCUCUGCGUGUCGGUCUCCUCCGACAGCAGCGGCCGCUUCAAAGCUCUGGAGACGCAGGAGUGGAAGAAUAACCUCAAAGCUCAGAUGGAGCAGGCCCACAGUGCAGGAGCUGCCAGCAGCACAGGCUCUCUAGAGCGAGCAUCCCUGUUCUGUGCCUCAGCUUCCACCACAGCAUCCAGCUCCAGCCUGUCCAGUCCAGUGGAGAUCCUCAACAAAAGCAAAUCCUCCAGCCGCUUCUCUCUCUUCUCUCCACCCUGGAACAGCAGUUCUGAGUCUGACUCCAACCCGCCGUCCCGUUCUGGUUCCAAGAAGUUGCGCAACUACAGCAGGAGAGCUGCCACGGGUCCGGCAGGAGCCAGGGGCCCCGACACACCUGAGCCUAAACCCAGCGGCCCUGAACACUUCCAGUACUCUGAACCCGUCAUCUCCAAGGUGACGGACUACAUCUAUGUUGGCAACCUGAAUGCGGCAUACAAUGGACGCACCCUGUGCCGCAACAACAUCGACAGCAUCAUAGAUAUGAGCAGCUUGCCAGGAGAACCGGGGCCCAGCCUCAGCCUCAUACCCUGCACCUGCACCCGCGGCGCCCGUCACAGCUGGUCUCGCCUCAAGGUAGACAUUGGAGACGUGCCGGACGCUUUGGGUGACGGCCCGGCCCUGAAACAGCGCUGCUUCGAGGACAUCAACGAAUGCAUUGACGCCUCCACAGAGAAGAGGAAGCGUGUCCUGGUCCACUGUCGGGACGGCUUCUCCUUGGCACCGACGUGUAUCAUCCAGUACCUGAUGGUGAAGCAGAACAUGAGGCUGAUUGCCGCCUACGAGCUGCUGAGGGCCAAGUACCCGGUCAACAUCAGGGAAUGUCACCAGAAUGUGCUGGUGAGCCUGGAGAGGGCGCUGCGGCCUGGGGGCAACGUCAACCCUGAGUGCUUUAAACAGGCCAUCUCACGCAAAGUGGCGUGGACCUGACUCACUUUCAAACAUGCUCAGCUGCUGCUUAUGGUAUAAAAUAUUUUCCUAAAAACAAUCAAGGGCAGUUGUACUUCGCCCUGUCGACUCUUCAACUGGUCCACUGGAUGUUAUUGUCCUCACCUGAGUUCAGUGACUGUAAAACGUAUGAAUUUGAUGUAUUUCCUCUUCAAACCUAUAAAUGUGACCUGGCCGUUAUUCCUCCCCUCUCACAGAACAGGAGACGCAAUAGACUUCACUGUAAUGUAUACAGCUUAGUGGUAUCACAAUGUAAUAGUGUUGGCUGUAUAGUUGAUAUAGUCCUGCUCCGGUUUUGUGCCAUGCCGUCAUGGUGGUGUUUUCUAUCAGGGGAAAUUAUUAAUGGGAGAUCUCAGGAGAUUAUUGAUGUCAUUCUAGUACAGGGUGGGAAAUUACUCAUCAGAUGAGUCCUCGGCCAAGUUCACACCUGGAAAUAAAAUGCGUCUUGGUUAGCUUUAUGUGGCAUAUAUGGUCUGGUAAUAUGUUCACAACAGUUGCAAAGACCAAUAUCAGUCUAUUAGUUGCAACCUAACGGAUACAGAAUUUUAGUUGGUGAGUUUUGAUGCACAGAAACACUGUUACAGGUGUGGAAUUGCCCUUUGGGUUUCUGAAAAUCAUAACAUUAUGUUUAUUAAAUAAAGCUACACUUUGAAAAUAUGCAACUAAAACAGUUAUUUACUUGUAUUUAAAAAUAAAUUCUGAUGUUUUCACCUUGCAUUUUGCCGCCAUUACCUCUUUGAAAACAGUUAAUCACGUAAGCCAAAUGAGUCAGAAUAUGUUGAGCUGGGAAGGAUCCUCCCAGUGGAGCCAUCUUUGCCUUCGAAUUGGGACAGUCUAGUUCCUCUGCCAGCAAGACCAGACACCUAUCUAAAUGAAUGGUCACUGGCACAUAAACAACUGCUGAUAACAACAGAUUAGGUUAAGCAUGCCCCAAAAAUACAAUUGAUGCUUCAAACAAUGUUUUUCUACAUAUCCAUGAAUAUGGUUGUUGAUUGGUAUGAUAUUGCAGUGAAGAAGUCCUGGAUCUGCUACCGCCAUCAGUUGAAACAAUAGUGAACUUCAACACAAUUGGCUUGCUAUGUUUGACAAUUGACUGUUGUGGAAAGGGCAAGACAUGGAUCAUACAACCGUCAACUUUGGCAUCACAGACAUCCUAUUUAGGAUUUUGUACCUGGGUUGUUUACUCCCUUAUAAUGUUCCUGCCUUUGGGCAUUAAGUGCAGUGAAUUAUAUGAAAGUAUCCAUGGCCAAAAUGUGGUGGAAAAUUGCCAGAUAAUAAAUGUGUAAUGUGUAUGUUGCUAAGACAACUUGCAUAUAAAGCCUUGCAAAGAAAGAUACCUUUAUGUGAGAAGGCAGGAAAAACAAAUCAAAUUGAUCCCUCUGUACUUGCAGAACAUAUGGUCCAACCACAUAUCAGCAGGAAAGUGAAGUGUUAAUUGCUCCCGUCCUGGCACCUUGAUUCCUUUUAAAUGGCUGCAGUCAAUAUCUUUAUCAACAACAAUAUGAAAACAAUGUCAGUGCUGUGAUGCUUCUCCGUUUCUGCUGCCACUUCAGGUGGGGGGGGUUUAAGAAAUAGGGUGUUCCAGCCUUGAUAACUCAACAAAACACUGGUGGACAUGAUGACAUUCAAACAUUUUAAAAGGUGCCUGUGAACUGUGUCGGAAACAGUUAAGUUUUUCACCAAAUCAGUGGUAAAGUUUGGUUUAAAUGAACUACAAUUUUGCAUUACAAGUAGAGCAUGAGAUAAAGACAACUGGACCUGUUCAUCAAAACUUUACUCUAUAGCACCACUGGUGGUCAAAUCUCCACAGAGAACCUUUAAUUUAUCUGUAAAACUCUAGACUUCCUAUGUGGCUCAAUAGCUGUUGAGCCUGAACUGUAUUUUAAAAGCAGUUAAACUCUACACACUGAUUUAAAUCAAAUUCCAAUGUGAAGCUGAAACACAAGUGGCCGCCCAAGAUGCAUUUUUAGAAAUGACAGGUGUGAACUUAGAUCAGUUUUAUAUAGAUUUUUACACAAAGAUCUGAAGGAGAAGCAGGUACCUGGAUAUCAUUUGUUUGGAACUUUGUUUUUCUUCCAAAAUAAUGUUAAGCUGGUGAAAUCGUUGUUUGAAGCCAUUGUGGGUGGGUUAAAAAAAGUUUGUUUCUGACCCUGUUGAAACAAAGCUGCCACUCUGAAGAACAGAGGACCAUUGGAUCCAUCACCACUGACUGGAUUACAUUGAUUUAUCUGCUUCUAUCGCAAGAGGGAACUUUGCACACGGACACCUGAUUUAAAUGUAAAGCUUCUGUUGUUUGUGACAUUUUCAUGCUGUUUUCUUUUGUUUUUCCGAGGUCAUACUUGAUGGAAGAUGAACGGUUCGACCUCUCCUCCGUGAGGAAGACUGUAGC